GCGGAUGUUCUAGCCACAGGAAAUUCACCAGUACUCCGCCUCCUCUCACUUCCGGCCACUUUAUUCCGCUUCCGGCUCGACACCGCUGUCUUUGCUGAGGGUCACAUUGAGCUGCGAAGCACAUCAGGACUGACUUUAGUCAGCGCCAUGGGAGAUGACAUCAAGACCAAAAUCAAGAAUUAUAAGACUGCCCCAUUUGACAGCCGUUUCCCCAACCAGAACCAAACCAAGAACUGCUGGCAGAACUACUUGGAUUUCCAUCGCUGUGAGAAGGCAAUGACAGCUAAAGGGGGUGAUGUCUCUGUGUGCCAGUGGUACCAGCGUGUAUACAAGUCCCUCUGCCCCAUAUCCUGGGUAUCCAACUGGGACGACCAACGGGCAGAAGGCACAUUCCCGGGGAAGAUCUGAACUUGCUCUACUCAACCUGUCCUGACCUCUAUCCUUUUCCCAGGUGGUGAAGGGGGAUCUGGGCACAUGGUGAUCCCCAUCCUGGGAUCCUGAACCACAGCUCACCUAAUAAAUACUUGUUGAAAAAAUGUUAA